GAUUGUAGUCGAUUAGACAACCAUGUACUGAACUAGCUAACUAACUAACCAAAUAUCGCUUAUUGAUCGCUUUAGAUUUUCAUUUUCAUUUUUUUCAAUUUGUUGGCUGUUUAUUAUUGGGUUUUUUUUUUUGGUUGGCAAUCAUCAUCAGCGUUCAAUAAUUAUUAAAUUGAAAAUUUUCAAGAUCAUUAUUUGAAACCCAAUAAUAAUAUCAUCAAAAUCAUCAUCAAAGUGAACAACAACAACAACAACAAAAAUACAAUAAUGGCUGAAAAAGAAGAUGGUGGAUUUAUUGGACAGAUUCGACGAUUAUCACGUAGACUUUCGGGUAAUAUUUUGUCGGCUGAUCCAAAAGAUGUUCGUGCAUAUAUGGCACGUAAUGAAAGUAAACGUAGCAUUUAUAGUUAUGAUAAUGAAGAUCAAUUAAGAGUUGGUGGAAUUCUUCUCAAAGAUUUAGCCGAAGAAUUUGGUACACCACUUUACAUUUAUGACAUUAAUCGUAUCUAUGAUAAUUACAAUCUAUUGGCUGGUGUAUUGAAAAAAAAGAAUUUUUUGCUUAGCUAUUCAGUACGAGCAAAUUCAAAUCUAGCUGUAUUGAAUAUAUUAUCACGAUUAGGAUCAGGAUUUGAUGUUGCUUCGGGUGGAGAAAUUGCUCGUUGUUUAGCUGCUGGUGUUGAUCCAUCACGAAUUACGUUCAGUGGAUGUGGAAAAACACAAGACGAAAUUGAUUUUGCUAUUAAAUCCGGUAUCUAUUGUAUAAAUGCUGAAGCAUGGGAUGAAUUGAAUCGUAUUGAAAGUGUUUGCGUUAAAUAUAAUAAGAUUCAAAAUGUUUCGAUUAGAAUUAAUGCCGAUACACAUAGUGAAGGAACAAUGAGUCCAGGUUCGCAGCAUGGUCAUUCGAUUACAACACAAUCGAAAUAUGGUGUACCAUUGGCCGAUGCAUUGGAAAUCUAUUCACGGGUAAAAGCAUCAUCAACAAUGCGUAUCAAAGGCAUUUCAUGUCGUGUGGGAACACAUGUAACACAUUUGGAAAGCUAUUUAGAGAUUCGUGAUAAAUUAUUGCAUUUAGCUGAUGAAUUACGACAAGAAUCAAAAAUAUGUGUUGAACAUCUUGAUUUUGGUGGUGAAUUUGUGGGCAAUCUAAAUGCAAUGAAUGCCGAUGCAACCGAGAUUUCGAAUUGGAUCGAAAAAAUUGCUUCACCAAUUCUGGAACGUGGCCUAAAAUUAGUGUUAGAUCCGGGUAUAAAUUUUAUGGCCGAUGCUGGUGUAUUAUUGACGAAAAUCGAAUACAUCAAAACGAAUACUUGUCAUUCAAAGCAAGAAUCGUUUAGCGGUACAACAUCACCAAGAACCGGUUCAUUCAUUAGUUCACAUGGUCCACAUUAUCAUUUGAAACAUCAGUUUGCGAAACGAACAUUUGCUGUUGUUGAUGCUGGUUUCAAUGAUUUUGCACGUACUGCUAUGCUUGGCCAAUCUCAUCAUAUUGUACCAGUUCAUCAACAACAAGCAGUAAUGGUCGGUGGUAUAACAUCGGAUUUUAAAUACGAUAUUGUCGGUCCAAUCACCGAUGCUGCUGAUGUUUUUUGUCGAGAUUUUACAUUAAAUCAUAAAUUAUCUGCCGGCGAAUAUUUAAUCAUUUCGGAUGCCGGUUCAUAUGGUUCAUCAAUGUCAAGUAAUUUUCAAUCAAGAAAUAAAUCGGCUGAAAUUUUAAUCAUCGAACGACAACCGAUUGUAAUACGUGAACGACAAAAAUAUGAAGAACAAUAUUCAAAUGAAAAAUUGGUACCUGAAUUGAAAUUGAAUUCAUCGAAAAUAAUUGAAGAAGCUGAAUCACAAGAAGAAUUGAUUGAAGAAUCACCCGAUACCAAUGUUGAAGUUGAUGUUGGUGGUGGUGAUAAUGAAACCACCGAUGAUAAAAAAGAAUAAUGAACGGACCAAAGUGAAAAAAACCAGGCAGGAAAAAACAAGAAAUGAUUGUGAUGGUCGAUUCGAAAAAAAAAUAACAACAACAAUCGAUUUUCGAACAGUAUCGCGGG